AAAAGCAGCAGUGGCUCUGUCUCAACUGACAGUUCAGUUGUAAACAAACAAAUUGUAAAUAAACAAACAGAAUAAAGAUUGUGUUCAAACUAUUUGUGCUAUUAAAAAAUAAAAAAAAUGAAUAUUUCUGUAGCCCUAUUUUUUAUGAAUGAUGUGGAGGAGGUUCAAAAUGUGCCACGGAGGCAUUUAAGAGAUGCUUCGAAUUUAUUUGAAGUACCUAACAACCAGUUUGUGGCCAAUUUUCGUGUGUCGAAGGAAGUUUUUCGGUCUCUUUUGGAUAUGAUGGAAGAGAAGUGGGUGCACGGUUGUAGAACUACCCAAAUCCGCCCCGAUUUAAAACUUGGCACAUUCUUGCGGUUUUUGGCGACAGGAAGCUACCAACAGAAUUUAGGGAACGAAGCCUUGACUUCAACAGCGAAGUCGACAGUGAGCAGAACCAUUGAGGACCACAUUUGCGGCCAAUGGAUAAAAAAGCCGACACUCACAGAGGAACACAACACAAUUGGUUUUUCAGGCAUUGCCUGCUGUUUCCAAAAAUUUGCACUCCUCUGGCGAACUCAGGAUUCUCCUCCAUAUACUCAACUAGUGCCCGCAGCUGUGUAGUUAUUUUUUCGUGCUGGAAUCGAGAA